UCCUGACCUAAACACUUACCAAGAGGACCCAAGAGUUAGUUUCCAAGUGAGAAUUCAAGAGGAAACCCUAACCUAGACAUUUACCAAGAGGACCCAAGAGUUAGUUUCCAAGCAAGAAUUCAAGAGGAAACCCUAACCUAGACAUUUACCAAGAGGACCCAAGAGUUAGUUUCCAAGAGUCCAGGUGACAGGUGUGGCCAUGAUUCAGUGGAGCCAAAUACCUGACAGGGCGGCCGUCAGGGAGGGCAUCCUCAGCACCUCGGUGGCCCUCAAGGAGUAUGCCCACGCCAACCCCAAGGAGACAGGCGUUGGGCUGGGCCUUGCCACUGCCGGCCUGCUGCUGUGGUAUUAUGGAGCGGACUUGAGACACAGGUACUUUGCAUGGAUCAACAACAAGUUCGCCGACUUGAAGCAGGAAGACUAUGACAACUUCAAGAAGACAGCGUUUGCUGCCCUCAAGGACCUCGCCUCCCACGACCCAAAACUACGGGAGGAGAAGACGCUGAGGAUACUGGAAAUUGGCGCUGGUGUUGGCGCGAACUUCAUUAUGUACCCGGACAACACGCGGCUGGUGGUGGCCGACCCCAACCCACACUUUGAGCAGUACUUCAAAGACCACAAGGCAAAGUUCCCGCACAUCAAGUGUGAGACCGUCAUCAUCGCCAAAGGCGAAGAUAUUGACAUGGUGCGCAGCGAGAGCAUUGACGCAGUGGUGACGACGCUUGUGCUGUGUAGCGUGGACGACAUAGCCAAGGUGGUCAGCCAGAUCAAGAGGGUGCUGGUGCCGGGCGGAAAGUACAUCUUCGUGGAGCACAUCAAGGAGUGGGACAGGAAGAACCACUGGAUGCGGCGACACAUCCAGAACAUCCUGACCUGGAGCGGCUUCUGGCCCUUCACAUUCGACGGCUGCUACCUCAACCGCAACCCCCAGCCCAUCAUCGAGGCCGUGGGCUUCUCAGACGUCAAAGUGGAGAGGGAGUAUGCCCCCAUGCCAGCAGCCUUCAUGAUGGUUGCCGCACCUCACCUCAAGGGCGUGGCUACAAAAUAGAGGUAGAAGAAGGUGGAUGAGUGGACAGAAGUAGUUAGGGAGUGAGGGAAAAUUGUUAGAAUAGAGAUAGAAGAAGGUGGGUUGGUCUGUGCGUGUUGAUAGUGGUUUGUAUCAUAGAUAGAAGUAAGGGAGAAGGUUGAAAAUAGAAGUAGAAAGAGACGGGUCCCUGUUAGUAGGUAGUGUGGGUACAUAAGAGUAGUUAGAGAGUGAAGGCAGAGUGUGAAUAUAGAGAAAGAGGUGUAGGGAGUGAGACGAAGUGCGUUAGUGGGUAGUGGUGAGUAGGUAGAAGUAGUUAGGGAGUGAGAAAAGAAUGUGAAAUUAGAGGUAGAGGUGUCGGUACUUUGAGACUGAAAGAGAUGUGUGUGUGUGUGUGUGUGUGUGUGUGUGUGUGUGUGUGUGUGUGUGUGUGUGUGC